AUAUUUAAUGCUAUUUUAACGUAAUGCUUUAUUAAUUUAAAAUCCUGCGGAACCUUUUUCAUUUUGGUAGGAGGUUUCGGGGACAUGUUUCACCAAUAAACCAGUCCGGUCGACGUUUAUUUCCGGUAGGAGGCGGAAGUGGACUCAAGGCUUGUGGAGUGGCAGGACAUCGUCGACGUCAUGGGGUCCCACCUGGUAAGACGGUAUAUCACCGAGAGGGACACCGAGCCGGACCCAUCGAGGGAAUUUGAGUUCGACCCCCAUUUCGGCUUUCCAGAGAGGAAAGAAAGAGUGAUGAUCGCGAGUCAAGAGCAGAUGAACUUGGCCCAGCUGCCUUUGGAACAGAGGGACUAUUGUGCCCACUACCUUCUGAAAUUCCUGAAGUGCAAGAGGGACAACUGGCCAAAUAUCUUUGCCUGUAAGCACGAGAGACACGACUGGGACUACUGUGAACAUCAGGACUAUGUGAUGCGUAUGAAGGAGUAUGAGAGGGAGAGGAGGCUCCAGCUGAGAAAGAAGAGAAUUGAGGCUCAGGCUAAAGCCGCAUAACCAUCCUCUAUUUCUUUGUAAAUACGUGCUCCUGUCCACACAAGAAAAAUAAACAAUAUUAUGUAA